UCCACGUCACUGUAAAGGCGAUGGACUGCGGCUCACGUUUUAAACGUUUCUAGAUACACUUGUGAGUGCUUGUGAUGUGAUAAUAUUAGUACAGUACGCAGCAAAACAUGCGCUAUGUUUAGGUAUAUAAGUUUGCUGUAACAUGUUUCGCUUCUAAUUACAAUUACACCAAACAUACCAAAUUGAUUCAGCCCUAUUUAAAUAGUUAUAGAAGUGAAAUGGCUGACGCGGAUGACCGUAGAAAAUACAAACCUUUAGAAAACGUUCUGAUUCGAAUAAACCGGGAUAUCAUUUCGCUUUCUGAUGUCGAAGUUAGAAGGAACAAUGCUAUUUUAAGAUCGUUGUUGGAAGAUAUACUAAUACCUGAAAUGAAAGAAAAAGAUCCUCUAUUCGAGAAACUGUUCACAAGGGUGUUUUACGGCGGCAGUUUUUACGAUGGAUUGCGAGUGAAGGACCCGAAUGAAUUCGAUUUGGAUUUGCUGUUGAGAUUGCCGAAACUUUCCGAACCGAAGCUGAUUCCUGAUGAUGAUGUACCGGGUUAUACGAUCUUAAAAUUAAACAAUUUACCGGCUGUGAAAAGACAUCUUUACAUGCUUGAUACAUAUAGAGGUAUAUCUAAAUUUUUAUUAGAAAGCGAAGAGAGGCCUUACCUGGAUAAUAAUAAAGUAAGAAUGUGGAUGGAGCGGGUGGUUACUCGUGCUCUUAAUACUUUUCCGGUGUGUUUUGGGCAAUAUUCAAUAGAAAUACUUCAAUCAACGUUUUUAGUGAAAGUUCACAAAUCCGGUCCUGCUUUGACUUUAAAAUUAAGAGGUUACAUGGACUGGGAAACUAUUGUUAUGGACAUUGAUUUAGUCCCAUGCUUUGAAUUCGAUGUUGGGCACAUGCCGGUUCAAAAACUCCUCAAUAGAAAUUUUCAGAAAAAGACCUUCUUUGUCGUUCCCAAGCCCAUGAAUAAUGAAAUGGUACCAAAUAACAAUCGUUAUUGGAGGUUGAGUUACCAGGAGCAAGAACGUGAACUUAUGGGAAGUGAUCGUCAUCAAUACCUAAAACCAACUAUAAAACUAUUGAAGAAACUAAAGGAAAAGGAACAUCCAUUUAUUGCUAGUUACUUCAUUAAAACUGUGGUUCUCUUGGAAGCCGAAGAACGCGAGGAUGAUCGUUAUUGGAGCACUUCUUUAAGCUAUGUCUUUAUGACGUGUUUAAAGAAGUACCAUCAAUAUAUUGAGCGGAAAUAUAUUCCUUAUUACUGGAACGAAAAUUACAAUCUUUUACAGUCUAUGUCAUAUAGCGCAUUAGACAAUUUGAAAUACAGACUUGGCAAUAUAAUUCGCCAUAUAGAAAGGAAUUUGGAAGCAGGAAAUCCAUAUAUCAUUCAGAAUUAUUUAUUGACUGACAAAGAACUUUCGCUCUAUAAAGAACAACUUCCGUUCUAUGAAAAUGAAAAUGCUAAUAUCGCCGAAGAACCUCCUUCUUCUUCAUGCAUUAUUCUAUAAUGCACAGGGCAUCCAAAAUAUUAAAUAAAAUUAUUCCAAUCAUGUUCAGGUACUUUUAUUUAUUUUACAUUUUAUUUACAGUGUUCCAGUAGCUGGUCGUCUAAUAGAAUAAUGUACAAUAAAAAUAUUUAUCGAAUUAGCUAUAAAAUUAAAAAUUAAGGCUUAUCGUUAAAGUGUGUUGCUUCGAAAAGGCGGGAUAUAUUUAAUUUUGUGCGAAUACGCUUGAGGAGGCAGCAACGAUGAUAAACACCUGUUCGUUAUAACCGCCGUAAGGCCCCAAAUCCUUCGCUUUCCACCCAAAAACACCGGCAAGGAAGCCCCGCUCCUGAAUUGCGUAUAACCCUGCUUAGCAGGAUUGCACAAAUCCUCCAAAGACACCGCGAACACAUCCUCCACUUCCGACGCGUUUACGUUCAAAUCCCCCGUUUUAAUUUCACCUAAAAUCCUACCGAUAACCGGCAAUACAGUCACUUUUCGCCUGGAUAUUAUCAAACUACCGCUACCCCAAACGUCCACGCUGUGUGCCGGUAUGCCUAAUUCUUCGUCGGUUUCCCGCAGGGCGGUGUCUUCUAAGCUUUUGUCGCCGGCGUCCUGCUUGCCCCCCGGGAAACUGACCUGCCCUCGGUGGGUUUUCAAAUGGGCCGCUCUUAGAGUGUACAGCAGCGAGGCUUUUCCUUCGACGUUGCACAGCGGAAUCAAUACGGCGGCCUUUGACGUGGGCUGGUGUGCAGUCAUUCUGAGCGGUUUCAGGCUGGCGAAUUUCCGGGCCGUUCGGUUCUUGUUCUCUUCUUUGAACACCUCGUCGGCCGAAUAGAAAUUCGAGUUUCUUUGGUUGAAUAGACGUUUCAUUACUACACUAGGAACACCGAACAUUUUGCUGUAUUUGCCACUGGAAUUUUGCGAUUUUUAACUGUCAAAAAUGGUUUGACAUUAGCGAAUUGUUACUACAGGCGAUUUGGAUUUUGGCGAUUUUGGUGAACUUUUAGCGAGGAAUUGUGUAAAUGUUAACGUUUCGGUUAUAAAUAUUCACUUGCGUACGUCAUUUCACUUCACAGAAUUUGUAUACACACGAACACUUGUGGUUUGGUCGCGGCCAUAACCUUAAUUUAAUUGAACUAAUUUGUGGCUACGUAACCGUUACC